UAAGAAAUAAACAUCGAUGAAAAAAAUAUAAUUGUUAUUGAAUCAAUAUCAAUAAAAUUUGUUGGUUCCUCUGACUAUAAGUAUAAAAUGUUCGGCAGGACAUGUUAGUCUCAGUAAAUUUUGGGACGGAUCAGAUAUUAAUAAGUACUCAAUUUUCUACUAGUAGUGCUCAAACUCCAAGAUGUUCAAAUUUGCGGUGUUAGCUGCCCUUAUUACAAUUACGUAUGCUCAGCGCAGCGCAGUCGUCUAUCUAUUCGACCCUUCUGGAGCCAGUGGGGUGCACGGUAACCUCACUUUCGAACAAAGGGACUCGCAGAUCCAGAUAUCCGGAGAAGUACACGGUCUCACGCCUGGAAAGCAUGGCUUCCACGUUCACCAGUUGGGCAACAUCGGACUAGGAUGUCUGGGCACUGGGGGACAUUUCAACCCUCAUAAUAAGCACCAUGGAGCUCCCACUGACAAAGAACGUCACGUCGGUGACCUUGGAAACAUCGUAGCCGACGCAACAGGUGUCGCGCACGUCCACAUCGAAGAUGACGUCAUCGCUCUACAGGGCAACCACAACAUCAUCGGCAGGGCCAUGGUUGUUCACGCAGGGGAAGAUGACUUGGGCAGGGGUGGACAAUCGGACUCGCUGACCACCGGCCAUGCAGGGGGUCGUUUGGCUUGCGGGGUCAUCGGCAUCCUGACAGAGUCUGCUUCAGGGAAAUCAUCUUUCUGUCCGACCCUACUGGCCACAUCAGUAUUGGUAUUCAUCCUUUCGAAAUUGUAUUAUUAGUAGUUUUUGUAUUGAAAACAGUAUUAGAAAGGUGCUGUACUUAUAUUUAUUAUAAUUGUACUCUUUUCACUCUAUUAAACUAUCGAUUUUAUCGAUAAACUGAUAUCCUUCAUUUAGUUUUAAU